AUGUCUGAUUAUAUUAAUACCACUAAAAUCUCUGCCAUAAUAAACUCUAUCAAAGAUGACAAUUCCGAUGAAAUCAAUUGGGCAGAUUUCAUUUUAGCAGCCAAAACCGAACUUCUCAAUUCAUCAACACAAUUCGAGUCAUCAGGGAAGAUGAAAAAAUUCUGGCUGAAUCUCGCAAAAAGUAGUACAUCACAACUUGGAUAUAAAUUGAACACAGGCACAGACACUUGGAAUCUUAUUGAAAAAGAAUUACAGUUCCCUGAUAAGUCAAACCCUACAACGGAAUCUACCGCGUCUCAGAAACAAUCCAGUAGCUCAGGAAGCUCAUUAGGCAUUCCAAUAACGGAUGUUAAAAAAGAUGCAGCCUUGUCAUUCUUCAACGGUAUGCAGAAUGGCCAUAAAUGGAAGUUGAAAUCUGGCAGAUACGUGGAAGAUGUCAUGAAAGACUUUGUACAAUCAUUGGACUUUGAGCACCCGUCCAUGUACUGUGUACUUGAUAUGAAGGAUGUCAACUGGCAUCCAUUAUUUACAGAAGAAGAAAAGGCAGAAAUUGAGUUGAUCACCGAAGUAAAGAUCGAGUACCCACCUUUACCGAUUAAAAUGGUCCAAUUUUUGAAGAAUCUUCCAAAAUCGACAAACAUCAACGACAUUUACAAUUACUUGGAAGCUCAUCCACUCGACAUCAACUCAGAAGCUUCGUUGGUGUACUUGAAAUUCUGCUUACAAGCCGCCAUUCUACUUAUCAAGGACAGCUACUUUCAAAAGAAAAACAAGAAGGAAAGAGACAUCUGUUCCAACAUCUGGCAUAUUAUCAAUAGAGCUUUCAAUAACAGUAUACUUGAUUGCGAUAUUGAACAAGCAUCAAAUGCAUCCAAAGAAAGUAAUUAUAGAAAAAGAAAACUGGCAGCAAGUAAUUGCAUGGAAAGCCAGCGGCACCCUUUAAUACCAGAUAUGACAAUAUCUCAUGGCGAACAGGAGUAUGCAAUCAUUGAAGCAUCAAGAUCAAACAAUGACACCAAAAAAAUUCAGGAUGGGGGAAAGAAGUGUUCCGAAUUAAUGGUGCAUAUUUUUGAUCAGCUGCUCGCAACAUUCCCAACCCAACAACGCACGAUCAAAGUUUAUGGCUGUCUGCUGUCUUAUUUAAACUGCACUCCUCUGGAAUUGUCUAACCCCAAAGGCUAUGUAAGAGUUUUCAAGCAAGGUGACUUCUUGAAACAUCCAGAAUCAUCGUUGCAUUUCAGAGCAAGAAUGCCUGAAUUGUUAGCACAUAUUUGGCAAUUCAGACUUGCAAUUGAAAAAGUCUGUAACUCAAUCGCUCAAGCAGAAAAUGAGCAAAGUCAAUUUACUUGA